AUGGCGAUUGUGGAGGCGAGUCACAAUACUAACGCACACCUUGAAGAAAGUCUACCAAACUACCAGGUUGAACUAGACACCACAGAAGAAAAUUAUGUAGAUUCAUACGGGUCCACUUGUGUUCGUUGUGGCGACCCCUUUCAACUAAAUGAAAAAGUUGUGCAGACAAAAGAUAGCAGUUACCACGUUAAAUGUUUUGUCUGUGUACAGUGUUUUCAACCAUUCCCGGAAGGCGUUUAUUAUGAAUUUGAUGGCCGAAAAUACUGUGAACAUGAUUUUCACGUUUUAUUUGCGCCAUGUUGUGGAAAGUGUGGAUGUUUUAUAAUUGGCAGGGUAAUAAAGGCAAUGAAUUAUAACUGGCAUCCUGAUUGUUUCCGUUGUCACAUAUGUGAUAAGUGUCUUGCAGAUGAGGGGUUUGUCAAAUUACAUGGAAGAGCUGUUUGCCAUGCGUGUAAUGAACACGAAAAAGCGUCUGGUUUGUCAUACAUCACAUGUCACAAAUGCCGAGCUGUUGUGGAAGAAGGACAACAGUUAAAGUAUCGCUCUGAAGUAUAUCAUGCAUAUCACUUUUCAUGUGCAUCCUGUGGUUCUGAACUUUCUUCCGAUGCCCGAGAAAAGGAUGGAGAUUUGUACUGUCUUCGCUGUCAUGAUAAAAUGGGAAUACCCAUAUGUGGUGCUUGUAGACGCCCUAUUGAAGAAAGAGUUGUUCAUGCUUUAGGAAAAACAUGGCAUGUGGAACACUUUGUUUGUGCCCGAUGUGAAAAACCGUUUUUAGGUUCUCGCCAUUAUGAGAAGAAAGGCUUAGCAUACUGUGAACUACACUAUCAGUUGUUGUUCGGAAUGCUGUGCUAUUCUUGUAAUCAGGUAAUACCUGGGGAAACAGUGUAUGCAUUAAAUAAGGCUUGGUGUGUAGAUCAUUUCGGGUGUAGCGUGUGUGACAGACGCCUGAGUCCGAAAACCAAGUUUUAUGAAUUCGACUACAAGCCGGUUUGCAAAUCUUGUUAUGAGCUGUUCCCCAUGGAAUUACGUAAACGUAUUGCGAAAAUGCACAAAAUGGAGGACUAA